ACAUAUAAAUUAAAUCAGAACCCGUCCGGCGAUCCUAUUGGCGAAGACAUCAGCAUAUAAAGCUGUAUCUGCAUUGCACUGUCGGUUGAAUCGUCGUGAUCAUUCAGUUUAUUAUUUUCGUGGUUGUUUGCCGGAUUCGUAGAAGAUCAUGUCUGAGCCAUUCCUCAUCAAGCACCGGUCAAGUGGGAAGUUUUUCCAUCCCGAUGGAGGAAAGAGCAACCCUGGCAAUGGCACAAGUGUCGUUCUCCACAGCGACAUACACGCCAACAUGCACUGGCGCUUUCGCAAAGAAACGGACUACUGGGGCUACAUCGAACACGUCGCCAGUGGCAAGUGCAUCCAUCCGAAUGGCGGCAGUCUGACUCCCGGGAACGGAACUAGGCUGGUCGUCCACAGUGCACGCCACUAUGGCGCACUUUUUGCUCUCGAUGGCAAAAACGAUCACGUUAUUCACAAGGGCGGCAGAUAUGCGCAUCCAGAUGGUGGACGUCCUGACCCCGGUAAUGGAACUACUGUCGUCCUCCAUUCUGGCAUACACGACGCCAUGCGCUUCCAGUUUGUGUCACCAAAAGACCCUAGUAAAGAGAUCCUUGUGUACGGUACCCCAAACGUCAUCGGUAAGUGGGAGAUAAUCAAUGCCGUUAUCAACCCGAAGGCCGAGCAUAAGAGUACAAUAUCUGUCAAGAUUGGCAAGUCCAAGACGGAAAGCACGACUUCUACGUUUGAGUACACAUGGGAGUCUUCAUUUGGCGCGGCGUUUAAGGCAUUUUCAGCCUCCGUUAGUCAAUCGGUGAGGUUUAUGGUUGAGAAGACUUCAUCUAAUACGUGGUCACAGGAAACAACAAGAACGAAGGAGAUUACCGUGUCACCUGGGAAGACCGUUGUUACAUGGCAGUACAAGUUUGCCGUAGAGCAGAAUGAUUCACGUGCCCUGUUCCAGAGCAAUCUAUUGGCAGACACCGAAAGCGAGACCACUGAACCACGUGACUUCAAAUACAGCGUCUAAUCAGCUAAAACUGUUUGACAAUGAACCCGUUACGCUUGGAUAGUUGAUAAGCAUAUUGAACACUAUAUUGCUAUUUAUUUACUCAAUUCCAUUAUUCGGGCGCAAAAAAUCGAAGGGGUCGAAACUUGUCAUGUGACCGUUUUAACGGAUGACGGUUGAUAUCUACACACCGAGGAUUCACUGAAACAAAGACAUAUGUGAACCUAGUAAACAUGGGGGGGGGGGGGUGACAACACCCGCCCCACACUCAGAGACAUCCCUUGGAGCGUCCCUUGGUAAUAUAUAUUCUUAAAUAUAUGUUGCUUAUCUCGCUCCUAGGUUUUGCUUUGAAUUAAAUGGGCUUUGUUGGCCUUUCUGGGUUCAAUUGUUUAUAUUUAGAAAUAAAGAAAUAACGGGUCGACUGAGGACUGACACACGUUUUCUUCGCAAAAAUGUGGUUUAGGUAGCCUAAAUAAGUCAAUAGUACAUGCUUUAUCAUCAAUAGUGGUAUAGGGAAUAAUUGUUUGUGACAAAGUGUAUACGAUCGUAAUACAUUUCAACAUUUGAGCAUGAAAAACUUCAUAUCAUGAGUGCUGUAGCCACGAGUGAAAAAAAAAACUUUUGGUGUUCACGAAAUAAAAUAUAGUGCGAUCUUACACGGAACCGAACGUUUUUUAUAUGCCUAAAAUGGCAGUUACAGCUGAGUUGUUGUUGUUUUCCGAAAGCGCGGCAUAUAGCAUGCAAACGUAACGGCAUUUCGGAAAAUAUCUCGUUAAAUUUGUGUCCGAGCCCUGUGUGCGCUCAUGACCUUUUUUUUAAAUUACCGAUGACUGUUAUUUGACUGUUUGAAAGUGUGAAAUAUCAUUUGUGUUUCACUGAUAAAUAACUUCAAACGACUGCAUAUAAUAAAACUACUUUGUUGCACACCUGACAAAAUUAUUCAUUCAAUAUUUUCUUUACAAAAUGUUUAAUGAAAUUGUUUACACUAUGUAGUUGAAAUAUAAAGACAUACUUUAACUA